AUGGAACCAGGAAAUGAUUCACAAAUUUCAGAAUUUUUUCUUCUGGGACUAUCAAAGGAAUCAGAGCUGCAACUCCUCAUUUUUGGGCUUUUCCUCUCCAUGUACCUGAUCACUGUGUUUGGCAACCUGCUCAUCCUCCUGGCCGUCAGCUCUGACUCCCACCUCCACACGCCCAUGUACUUCUUCCUGGCCAACCUGUCCUUUGUAGACAUCUGCCUCACCUCCACCACCGUCCCGAAGAUGCUCUGGAACAUCCAGACCCAGAGCAAAGUCAUAACCUAUGCAGGCUGCAUCACACAGAUGUAUUUUUUCCUACUCUUUGCUGGAUUGGACAAUUUUCUACUGUCUGUGAUGGCCUAUGACCGGUUCGUGGCCAUCUGUCAACCCUUGCACUACAUGCUGAUCAUGAAACCCACCUACUGUGGGCUGCUUGUUCUGGUGUCCUGGAUGAUGAGCACCCUGAACUCCUUAUUACAAACCUUAAUGAUGUUGUGCCUGUCCUUCUGUACAGAGGUGGAAAUCUCCCACUUUUUCUGUGAAAUCAGUCAGGUGGUCCUGCUUGCCUGUUCUGAUCCCUUUCUUAAUGACAUGCUGAUGUAUUUUGCAGCUGGAUUGUUGGGUGGUGCUUCCCUAGCUGGGAUCCUUUACUCUUAUUCUAAGAUAGUUUCUUUUGUAUGUGGAAUCUCAUCAUCUCAGGGCAAGUAUAAGGCAUUUUCCACCUGUGCGUCUCACCUCUCGGUUGUCUCCCUAUUUUAUUGUACUGGCCUGGGAGUGUACCUUAGCUCUGCUGCUACCCAGAGCUCCCACUCGAGUGCAACAGCCUCAGUGAUGUAUGCAGUCGUCACGCCCAUGCUGAACCCCUUCAUCUACAGCCUGAGGAACAAAGACAUAAAGAGGGCUCUGAAGAGAAUCGUUGGGGUUCCAGUGUUGUAAAGGCCAAUUGUCCUGGGGCUGUAGAUAUGCCAUGAUUGCAGGGCUCAAAGCAUCAGAGCCAAGAACUGCUAUUCUUUGAUCAGACUGUGGGAGUAGAAUCUGCCCCUUCUAUUUAUUUCUUGGAAUUCCCAUUUGUUUGAUUUCAACUUCUCCAUACAUUUCAAUAACUCACUUUAUUAAGCUUCUGAUCUGUCUGAUAUACGGUUUCUCCUUUGUCCACUCUCAUACGUUCCCAAUGUUUUCCCAAAUGUUGGAUCACAAAUGCCUGUACAUUUCUGUAUCUUACAAUGGGCAAGUUGGAUUUUAUUUUAUUUCUUUCCAAGAUUUUAUUUAAAUUUACAUAGUUAGCAUAUAGUGUAGAAUUGGUUUCAGUAGUAUAGUUUAGUGAUUCUUCACUUACCCAGUUCCCAUCACAAGCCCCCUUCUUAAUGCCUCUCACCCAUUUAG